UUCAGUAGCAGCAUCACCGGACAGCGAGUAGCACAAGAAAAGGCCAGGAGAUAAAGACUUACCACAUCUGCUGACAUUCUGAAGCUUCUGUUGACUGCAACCAAGUUCUGGCAUUAAACUGUGACACAAUGAAGGCGGCUGUUGUUUUUGUUCUGCUCUUUGCCACAGUUUUCUGCCGACCGGCGAGAAAGGUUUCUCACAGUGAUUCAGACAGCUCUGAGGAAGUGGUGAGAAGACCAGCACCUCCGGCCAUCAGAAGACAGCAGCUGGUUCUUUCUAAGUCACGACCGGCACCAGUGCAGAACGUUGUAGCACCAGCUAAGGCUGGAUCAGACGAGAAUGAAGACACCUCAGAUGAAGCUGAGGAGGCACCGGCAGCUGAGGCUCCAGUAGAGGUCAAAGCUGUUGUUGCAGCUCCAAAUGCAGAUACUGGUUCUGUCAACAGCGAGGACAUUGAAGACAGUGAUGAUGACCAUGAUGAUGAUGAUCAUGAAGAGGAGGAGAGUAAAACAGAGGAGGAAGAAGAAUCUGACACAGACUCAGAAUCGGGUGAGUCAUCCACCCCUGUGCCUGCCACCGUCACCCCCACACCUGGCAUAGUCGAUCCGGAAACCACUCCAGAAUACAUCGUGCCAACCAUCGUCACCGACCCCGAUGCUGGACGAGGUGACAGUUUGGGAGGAUACCCCGAUGACUACAAGUCCAUCAUCUAUGUGGAAGAGAAAUCCUACCACAAGGCUCCCAAUCCCUACAAAUCUUAUGGGAUUGUUGGAAAGAAGGUGGCCUAUGACAUGACUCACGGCAAUGAGGUGGAGAAGUCACCAAAGGCUUACAAGGUACAGGCUUUUCAGGUCCACUCUGACCUCAUGGAAGAGGACACCAGCACCCCGGAGGUAGAGACCCUGGGCCUGGAUGCGUCUUCUGGGAUCGCUCAGGACCAGGAUGUCAGCCCCCGGCAGGCUGCUCUUCCUGAAGAGGAGGAGAGCACCAGCAGUGGUGCAUCCACCACCAACGAGAGCGAAAGCAGCAGCACUCCAGAGGAAAAGGAGGAAGAGGAGGGUGCCAGAUCCCCUAGUGACAGCGCCAGUGCAGAGUCAGAGGAUGAGGAGAGCCAAAGCAGCGAGGAGGCCACUGCCACGCCCGGAGCAGCCGACAGUGAUUCAGAUGAGGACGACAGCGUGGAGAGUGAAUCAGACGAAGACGGGGCGGGACCUGACAACACCAUUGAAAUGCCAGUAGUUGUCACUGCCAAGUAAGGCAUCCAAGAAGUGGGGUUGACGGUGGUGUAAUUGUCACAUAAAGAGCUGCAUCCUGGAGAAAAGACCUCCCCCCUCUCCUCUUAGGCCACUAAAACUGCAGGGUCAAACAGGGAAAACCACAGCUUGAUUAUUAUUAGUUCUAAUAAUCUUCAACAUUAUUUAUCUGAUUAUUUUUGACCAUCUGUAUGAAAACAAACAUUUCUGCUGUAGGUUUUAUUUAAACAAAGCAAUACCUCCUGCAUUCUGUGGUGUGUCAAUAAAUGUCAUGUUUGGUCCCUGAGGGGAGAACACAGAGGAUGUUCAAAAUGACGACUGCUGCCUGCUACAGGUUUCACCAACCUCAUGAUCUUGUCUCCCCAUUAACCUUGUUCCUGCAAAGCUGCAACAGAAUACACAAGGUUAAAUCACCAUGUCUACACCAGCACACAAUGCAUCAACAUUAAAUAAUUGCUUUUUGCAAACUGUUGUUUUUGUGCUUUAGAAAUACCGAACAUAGAACCUGUUUGUUGAAAAACUUGAUUUUAAAGCCACACAUUUGCAGCCAGUGCGGCUGAAGCUUUACUGCUGGACAAAAGGAUGCAGGCAGAUUAAUUUGCAUUGCAGUACAGGCUUUAGUCAAGUAAGAAUUCAGCAUUCAUACAUAUACAUGCAACACAGUCUUGUUUAUUUGCACAAUUCCUACCUUCACUACAUGGUGUUUUUUUCAGUGUUGUUUACUGUAAUGUAUCAUAUUGUACCAUUUCUAAAAUAAUAAAGUUCAUUUUCAUAUAAAAA